GGCCGCCGCUGCUACCGCCCACUCGGGGCUGGCCAGCUGCUGGCGGCCGGGGCUCAGAGAGGGCCCGGCAGGGCAAGCGCACGGCCAUGGCCCCGUGGCUGCAGCUCUGCUCCGUCUUCUUCACUGUCAACGCCUGCCUCAACGGCUCGCAGCUGGCCGUGGCCGCGGGCGGCUCCGGCCGCACUCGGGGCGCAGACACCUGUGGCUGGAGGGGAGUGGGGCCGGCCAGCAGGAGCAGCGGGCUGCACAACCUCACCUUCAGAUACGACAGUAAGUGCCUGGCUUGCCCACGAAGACUGCAAGGGUACUUCGUCGGGCCUCAUCCCGGAUCCUGUAGGUCCUGCAGGGGGAGGAAUUUUCUGAACCUGUUUGGCUUUCUCAAGAGAGACUGCACCGCCUACUUGAACCCAGUGGGGAAGCACGUGAUUGCUGAUGCACAGAACAUCACCAUCAGCCAGUAUGCCUGCCACGAUCAAGUGGCGGUCACCAUCCUUUGGUCCCCAGGGGCCCUUGGCAUCGAAUUCCUCAAAGGCUUUCGGGUAAUCCUGGAGGAGCUGAAGUCGGAAGGAAGACAGUGCCAGCAGCUGUUUCUCAAGGACCCGAAGCAGCUCAACAGUAGCUUCAGAAGAACCGGAAUGGAAUCUCAGCCUUUCCUGAACAUGAAAUUUGAAACGGAUUACUUUGUAAAGAUUGUCCCUUUUCCUUCCAUUAAAAAUGAAAGCAAUUACCACCCUUUCUUCUUCAGAACCCGAGCCUGUGACCUGUUGCUGCAGCCGGACAACCUGGCCUGCAAACCCUUCUGGAAGCCUCGGAACCUGAAUAUCACCCAGCAUGGUGCAGACAUGCAGGUGUCCUUCGACCAUGCGCCACACAGCUUUGGCUUCCGUUUCUUCUAUCUUCAUUACAAGCUAAAGCAUGAAGGCCCCUUCAAACGAAAGACCUGUAAGCAGGAACAAAAUACAGAGACAACCAGCUGCCUCCUUCAGAAUGUUUCUCCAGGGGAUUAUAUCAUUGAGCUGGUAGAUGACACUAACACAACAAGAAAAGUGAUGCAUUAUGCCCUAAAGCCAGUGCACUCCCCGUGGGCAGGGCCCAUCAGGGCGGUGGCCAUUACAGUGCCCCUGGUCGUCAUUUCGGCAUUUGCAACCCUCUUCACUGUGAUGUGCCGCAAGAAGCAACAAGAAAACAUAUAUUCACAUUUGGAUGAGGAGAGCUCAGAGUCCUCGACGUAUACCACGGCUCUCCCCAGAGAGCGGCUCCGGCCGCGGCCGAAGGUCUUCCUCUGCUACUCCAGUAAAGACGGCCAGAAUCACAUGAAUGUUGUCCAGUGUUUCGCCUACUUUCUCCAGGACUUCUGUGGCUGUGAGGUGGUUCUGGACCUGUGGGAAGACUUGAGCCUCUGCAGAGAGGGACAGCGGGAAUGGGUCAUCCAGAAGAUCCACGAGGCGCAGUUCAUCAUCGUGGUGUGUUCCAAAGGCAUGAAGUACUUCGUGGACAAGAAGAACUACAAACACAAAGGAAGUGGCCGAGGCUGCGGGAAGGGGGAACUCUUCCUGGUGGCCGUGUCGGCCAUAGCCGAGAAGCUCCGCCAAGCCAAGCAGAGCUCCUCCGGAGCGCUCAGCAAGUUCAUUGCCGUUUACUUCGACUAUUCCUGCGAGGGAGAUGUCCCCGGCGUCCUGGACCUGAGUACCAAGUACAAACUCAUGGACAACCUUCCACAGCUCUGCUCCCACCUGCACUCCCGAGACCAUGGGCUGCAGGAGCCGGCGCAGCAUCCGGGACCCGGCAGCAGAAGGAACUACUUCCGGAGCAAGGCGGGCCGCUCCCUGUACGUCGCCAUUUGCAACAUGCACCAGUUUAUUGACGAGGAGCCCGACUGGUUUGAGAAGCAGUUCGUCCCCUUCCAUCCGCCCCCAUUGCGCUACCGGGAGCCCGUCCUGGAGAAGUUCGACUCAGGCUUGGUUUUAAACGAUGUUGUGGGCAAACCAGGCCCCGAGAGCGACUUCUGCGUAAAGGCUGAGUCGGCCGCCCUUGGGGCAACCGGGCCGGCAGACUCGCACCAGGAGAACCUGGACGAAGACAUGGAGGCCCGGCCGGCCACCGACGGCGGCUCCUCCCUGCAGCCCCUGCUGCACCCGGUGAAAGGCGGCAGCCCCUCGGAUAUGCCGCGGGACUCUGGCAUCUACGACUCGUCCGUGCCCUCGUCGGAGCUGUCCCUGCCUCUGAUGGAGGGACUCUCGGCUGACCAGACAGAAACGUCUUCGCUGACCGAGAGCGUGUCCUCCUCAUCAGGCCUGGGUGAGGAGGAGCCGCCUGCUCUUCCUUCCAAGCUCCUGGCCUCUGGGGCAUGCAAAGCAGAACUUGGCUGCCAUACCUACACUGAUGAAUUUCACGCGGUGGCCCCUUUGUAACAAAACGGAAGAGUCUAAGCAUUGCCACUUUAACUGGUUCCUCAGUUCAUCUCUGGUUGCAUGGCCUGCUGGAGCUGAGGUCUCAUCCAAGGAUAUUUGGAGUGAAGUUCUGGCCAAUACUUGCUCCCCUUUGUUCCAACACUCUACCAAAUAGCUUGUCAAAGUGUCCAAUUUUCUAAAUCCCUAUGGAACUCUGCAAGGCGUGUCUGUGGUCUGACAGCAGCUUGCCACACUAGGUCAGGCCUUGGACCGGAGCCUGUUUCAGGAUGGAGAGAGCAAACAUGUAAAGAGAAACAGGAGAAUAUCUGCACUGAUCAUUCAGACUCUACUGAACUCUGUGCCCUCUGCCUGUUGGCUACUUUGAUUUGAAAUGCUUUGCGGAAGAAGCACUUUGUGUAUCCUGCGACACAGAAAUCACGUGCUGGUCUACCUGGAACCUGUGUUAUAUUGCAGAUGAUGUUCCUGUCCUGUGUUGGCGUGGAACUGACUAUGCCAUGCAUGUUAAAUACGCUUUGAGUCAAAGGGUAAAAAUGUAACUGAAUGUACAGUCACCUUUUAUAAAACAGUCCUUUUGUAUUGCUGGGUGGUGUGGCUGGCUGAGGUGGGGGCCCCAGGGCCAGGCCGACCAUCUGGACCAGUUCAUCGGAGAGGGGUUGGUCAACAUGCAGGAGGCACCAGACCCACAGCACACAGCGCCUCCUCUUGGUCUGAGUAGGCAUCAUUGCAGGUGCCAGCGCUGCUGGCCAAGUCUCCCUGGCUUAUGUUUGUUGUGUGUAUCUCAGAUGUGGGUGCCUGGAAGUUUAUUUUAAGAGACUGAUAUCCAGCUGGGCUGCAUUAUUGGAAGUUGUGGUUUGGUUGGCCUUCUGGUGUAAAGCUGGAUUCUGAGUAUUAGGUAGCAGAAUUCACCAGACUUGAGCAGUAUGUGGAGGUGGUGGCCAGCGAAUCUGCCGACCUGGUUUUGAUUAGCAACAAAUGUCUUUUUAGGGGGGUGGAAAGGAGACUGCCACCAAAGUAAACUAUUCUGUUUUUGUGAGUGCCUUCUCCAUAGAAUUUCAGUUUCCAAAGGAAAAGCAAUUGUCCUCAUCCUGUUUGUUGAUCAGCAAGUAGCAAUGACCCGGGACCAUGGUUCUCACUGCCUCAUCAAACAGAACCUGCGUGAAGAGGGUGUGGAGAAGCAUCCUGAGGCAGGGAGGGAGGUGGCCUGGACAGGACUGCCCUUCCCAGAUUCUUGCUCGGCAGGUGGGGGAGCAAGGCUCGUACCCUUGCCGGGAAGAUGAGGUUUGUGUGUAUUUUGAAUUCUAAAGCCCUACUCCCUGCUCUGAAAAGGCAGCUGGCAGCUUCUUAGAAGAAUGUGCUCGUCUGUUCUUCGGCAUCAAAUUUCCUGCAGCUGCUCUGAGGGAGAGCCAGGGAGCUGCAAGACUGUCUCCCCAUAAAACCAGGCAUCUUGUCGCAGGAGACAUGCGGUGUGUUGUCUCCCUGGAGUCUGGGACUUGGGCAGAGCUCCUGCUCACAGCUGGUCACCUCGCCAUUUCCUCCUGGGCAUCCGUUCUGUGAAGGAGGUUUGCAAACGUAGCAGAAUGCACUGGAAAGAACUUGAGCAGGUUUCUCUUUAAGAGGGCUUUCGUGCCCUGAGGGAGCCAGUAGGAGCCACUUCUAGGCCAAUAUUCAGCUUUGCAUGUGAGAAAGUAGCUUCCAGGACCCAAUGGGCAGACCCACUAACUGGACCCCAAGGGUGUGGGCAGAGUGCUGGCUGGUGAACUCACUUGUAAUGAAAAUGGAAGAGACAAAGAGUGUGCUGGUCCAAAAAUCAAGUGAUGUUUUGGUUUGGAUUUAAGGUUUGGAUACUUAUUAGUGUUUCUAACUGACAGUCUCAAACUCUACCAUGCCAAAUAAUGAAACUACGGUGUGAUUGCCAGACUCAGCAAGUUAAGUCCAGCUUCCUAGUUGUGCUUCAUUCGUGCAGAAUGGGGAGGUAGAAAUGGAAAUAGUUGUCUUGUAGAUUAAGGCAAAACAUCUGUUUUAAACAUAGCUGCUUUUUUUAAAAAUUUUUUUUAAUUUUAUUUUUUGGUCUCAGAAGUUGUCCCAGAGAAUGGAAAUGAUAACAUGGAAUUCAGAAAAAAUGUUCUGCCAAGUCUCCCAGGCUUUAAAAUAUUGGGGAAGCAGGAAUUAGACAGUGGGAAUGAUCUCAACGAAAGGCUUUGAUCCUGAGAAAAAAGGUUUGUGUAGUGAAGUUAGAAGGUGUCCUGUAGGGAGGAGACCAGGGUGAGUCCAGGGUACCAGGAAACCCAAGAGCCUGCCGGUAGCUCAAGGAGAGGAGCUAGCAGCUUGACCUCCCGGACGGGGUGGCACCUGCCACAGCCAGCCUUGCCCGAGGCUGAGUGGAGCCCAAGUGAAGGUGUGCCCUUCUCCUGGAGGCUGCCACAUGGCAGAGGGCUCAGCUGCGUGCUGCAGAGUCUCGGGAGGCCUCCAUCUUGAACCUUCGGAUGACACUGGUCUCCAGGAAGAAUCAGAACUCAGUUUAGUGCAGGCCUAGAUGUUCAGGUGGGGACCCAGCCAAGAAAUUGUAUUUUGAGCCAAAAAUGAGAUCAGGCCAUGAAGUCCAAGCUGGUUUUUGGUUGACAGUAAGUGAAUACAGCCCCAGUUAAGUUUGAAAAGCUGUCUUUGACAAAGAUAACAUCAUUGGGAUCCAUAUGUAGUAAAUUAUGAGUAGUUAAGUGUGUGUCCCUUCGUCAGGGUUCAUUCUUGCAACUUCACAGCCACAAGCUAGUUAGUUAGUUUUUUUUUUUUUUAAACCAACUCCUGGUCUUGGGUCCUCUGACAUAUAUGUAAAAUAAACCGGAGAACUGUCCCUCCAGAAAUGAGGGUUUUAGGAGUUUUAGAGCUUUUUUCUUUUUUUGGAGUUGAGCAUUUUUUAAAAGAAACUGUGGCAGGGAGUAGGGUGCAUUUUUAAAAAAGAUCUAUUUAUUUAUUUCAAAGGCAGAGUUACACACAGAAAGAAGGAGAGGUAGAGAGAGAGAGAAGUCUUCCAUCCACUGGCGCACUCCCCAAAUGGCUGCAACAGCCAGAGCUGGGCCCAUUUGGAGCUAGGAGCUUCUUCUGGGUUUUCCACACGGGUGCAGGGGCCCAAGGACUUGGGCCUUCCACUGCUUUCCCAGGCCAUAGCAAGGAGCUGGAUUGGAAGUGGGGCAGCCAGGGCUCAAACUGGUGCCCAUAGGGGAAUGUUGGCACUGCAGGUGGCGGCUUUACCUGCUGUGCCAUAGCUCCUGCUGGGGGGGGAGGGCAUUUUUAUUCCUAGAAGUGAUGCAACCCCCUUCCAAAACAAAGUCUGUGACUCCUCAGCACUAAUUUGGCCUUCGUAACGAGAGAAGAAUUAUUCUUUUUGUCUUUGCUGGAGAGAGAUAAUAGCAAUGUGAAGGUUACCAGUGAUUCUGUGUAUUAUUUAAAGACUGCUGGUCUUAAUUAGCAGACCUUUUGCCUUCAGUGAGUACCAGCACAUCAGGUCAGGUAUAGGAAAAUCUCAUGGCAAUGUUACACCUUCUCAGUGUCAGAGAGACAAUAAGGAAUGGUGGUGACUGUGGCAAACCGAAGAGCUCCCAUCCAGCCUACAGGGGACGACUAUUCCAACUGAUUGUGGCUGUGUAGUAUUUCCUGAUCUUCCCAUUUUUUCAAGAGAAGUUAAGAAUCUUUUAUAUUUAAAUGAAAAAAUUGUGGUUUUUAAAAAAGGUUACAAUUGUAUUAGUUUGUUUUCUAUUGCUAAUACUACCACAGACUGGGUAAGUUAAAAGAAAAAGAGGUUUAUUUUAUUUCAUGGUUCUAUCGCUUCUCGGCCUUUUGGCUAAGAUCAAGUGUAUUUCAUGGUUCUGGAGGUCAACAUGUAGAGUUGGCCACCUGGCUGGCAGAGUCCAGAGGCAAUGCAGAGUAUAAUGUGGUGAGAGGUGUGUGUGUGUGUGUGUGUGUGUAUGUGUGUGUUACCUGGUCAGUGUCUUCCUCCACUUCCCCAGGAAGCCACAAAUACUCAGUCAAGGAAAUCCCACCCUGAUGGUCUUGUAAAAUCCUGAUUACCUCCUAUCAUCCCCCUUCCCCCAAUUCCAAAUGUCAUUGCCUGAUUAAGUUCCCACCCUCUUAAUACCUCACAAUGGGGACUAAAUAACAUGGAUUUGCAGAGGGGCAAACCACAGCAACUGAAUGUUUUAAGAAUUUGAACAGGCCCCACAGCACACACAGACCUGACCUGGCCCACAGAGCUGCCUGUCCGUGACCUCUGCCUUUCAAGAUGAGCAAAGGACAUCCAUGGUAAUUACAGAUGUCUGGUGCCCCCAGAAAUGCUCCUGCUAAAUGCAGCCAGUAGCCAGACCUUUUCUUUCUCCUGUCCUCCCGCCAAAGGAAUUUGAUAUGAUUCUAAGUAUAUUUGAAAUGUUUUGAUUGCUUCUUAGAUUUCAUAGUUAUCUUCAGAGAAAGGCAAGCCAGCUGUUAAUUUCAAAAUCCGAUUGAUUCACAGUUGAGGAUAACUGUUCUCUUAGAUGGUGUGCAGUUCUGAGUGUAGGCCAAGAUGCAAUUAGGAAAAUAGUCAUUUGUGGGGAGUCAGGCAGGGAAUCUGCUGCCUCCGCUAGGGCCAGGUGUUCGCGUUACCUUCUGUUGUGCAGGGUCUGAACUGACUGUUGGGGAGGCGUGAAAGGGUGUAGAGAGCAAAGCUUUUCCUGAUGUGGAGAUACCAGGAGUCCUCCUGGGGGUUGGGGUCAUCCUCGCCAUAUCACAUCCUUUCCAGCCUCAGGGUGAAAAUAAACAAAAGGAAGUCUGCCGGUAAGCCAAUAGCUUUGGUUCCAAUUUCAGGAUUUGGGGGCUGGGGAAAGUGUAGAUGAUCCAGUGUGUGCCCUCCGUGGUGUCCGAUGGGGCUGCGUCUGAAUUAUUCCAGACAUACGGCUGUGGAUGGGAGUCUGAUCAGAUAGUUCUUGGGGCAUCUUCCUUACAGAAAUUCAAACCGGCUUCCUUUUGUUCCGGCUGCAGUGGAGAAAGAACAGCUGGUCACCUUCCGUGCGGCUGGAAACCACGGUGAAGUCAUCCCCCGGUGCUUUCAUUUCAGUGAUAAAUAAUCCCCCCCACUUAGAGCAUUCUUUGCGGCUCUUGUUUGGCAGCGGCUUAAUAACUUCACUGCUCUUCUGUUUCUCAGCGCCACACUCCGUUUAGUUGCCCAAACAGAACCUCGGUGCCUUAAUUCACGUCGGUGCCUUGAGAAGGCCAAGCUCAGGGUGAGGAUUACAGGGAAUUUCUUCCGUGCCCAGAUCUUCUUACCACUUAAACACAUAAUGCCACUUGUAAAACAUGGUGCAGGGCAUAUAUUAAUUCUGAGAAUCACCCCACUGCCACCUGGCUUUUUCCCUUGUUGGUGAGAGUCGCUUUGUCGCGGGGGCUGAGGUCAGACACUUGGUGCUCAUUCCUGAUAGGUUUCGUGUCACUCCUCAGCUGCUGCAAGACCAGCUCUCAGCCUCGGUGUGGCGGCUACCCCUCCCCCAGUUUCGGGGUCUAUUUUUACCUAUCUCUACAUGUUGCCUUUAUGUAGUGACUCACGAGAUCUUUAAAUGGUGCCGACUUCAAUUUAACCACUGGUGAGGUGACGACAGAAAGUUGCUCAGUGCCACUUUCCCAUUGGAAGGCUACUUCACCACAGUAGAAUCUCCCCCUACCCCCAGAGGGACUCUGGAGGGGUUUGGCCAGUUGUCUUCCCUCCUGGCCUUUGGUGCCUCCCUGAAAUUUUAACUGGGACCACAGAUGCCUCCAGAACAUGUUCUGUGACUUAAAAGAGCCUGAGCCUUGGCUCAGAGUUGACCAAGCACUGGGCUUUGUCCCCUCAGGAAAGUCUGACAGCCGACGGCAUGUCAGGUGUUUAGAUCCUGCAAGACGGCAGCUGAGAGGAUGCCAAGGGCCAUUCUUCCAUGUGCAAGUGACGUAGACACAAUGGGCAGCCAGAGUGAUACAGAAAUGUUGCCCUUGGAUUACCCUAGCUUGUGCUUAUCUGUUAUAUAAAAUGAUUUUUUCCUCUCACGAAAAAAGCAUGGAGAGUCUGGACAGCAGCAAAAACCUUCUGUUGAAAACCAGAUGUGUUCAUUUAGCGAGUAACUGAUUUUCACUGUUGAGAAAAGAUUGUCCUUUUUCCUGCGAAAGUUCGCACUGUGUCCUUGUGGGGAAGCCUGUGGAACACGGCGGGACUGGCAUCCUUGGGUGCCUCAUUGUUAAGUCUGUGCUGGGGUCUGGUGGGACAGUGAGCCCUGGUUGGCAGGAGUAGCAUGCUGUGUAUUGACAGUUUUUACAUGAAUGCCUUAAUUGAUUUGUACAGAAGUUUGUGAAUAGGUGAUGGUAGAGCACAGCUAACGUUUGCAAAAUGGUUUUGUACUCUAGAAUUUCUGCAUUGAAAUAAAAUGUUUUGUUUUUAA